GUUUUUGUGGCAAAUACCGGUUAUUGGUAUUUUGCAAUAAUCACAGAAAACGCUAUAUAUUGCUUUAAACCUCUCUAAACCUUUUAAAUUUAAAAGUUUGUUUGUGGUUGCAGACGGUUGCGGGAGAAUAAAGUAUUUUUUUUAAACUAUAUAACUAUAAUAAUUAAAAUAUUGAAUUUAAAUUUAAAUUGAAAUCAUUGUAAUAAUAGAAAUACUAAAUAUAUAUAUAUUAUAUUUUAAUUUAUAUUAUAAACUUUAAAACAAAAUUAUUUUCUAUAUUUAAAAAAAAAAAUUAAUAGAAUAUUUUUUAAAUAUAAUUUUUAUAUUUAUUAUAUUAAUAUACUUUUAAUAUUUUAUAAUGAUAUAAAAUGUAAAUAUUGUUAAUUUAUUAUUUAACCGCUGCUGCAUUUUGUAGUUAACCCGUUAUAAAUAUCUCGCAAAUGCAGCAAUUUAUAACCGAUGUAUGAGUCAUACAAAGCUCUUAAUGACGCUUAAACAGCAAUCAUCUGCAUCCGAAAACGUCCGCAACCGCUACCAUUACACAAGUCAGGCCUAAAUCAACCUUUAAAAUCUUAGUUUAAAGCAUAAUAUGCCAUACAGAAAAAAUGAAUCUGCGGCAUAAAAAAAAUCUGACUUCCUUACAUAACUAGUAGGGUACAAUUGGAUUGACAAUAUAUAGAAUGAAAUAAUGUGUAAUAAUUUAUUCUACCACGACACUUAUUUUGUAACAAAAUUUUUAUGCUAUAACGACAUUUAAUUUGAAACGAAAGAAGUACAUUAUCAUUUCAUCAAUUCAACAGAAAAAUUUAAGUAAAUAUAUUCACUGUAAUUUUAUAAGAAAUAAAUGAAUGAAUUUAGAGACUCAUGAAUUUACUCUCUUUUUCUUUUAUUUUAUAUAUAUUUACUACAUGUAUGUCCAGUCUUCCUAUGCUUAUCAUUCACAACUGUGGACUAUGAACACUUUAGAAAACCAACUUCUUUAUGAAUGAUGUGAAACCUGUUAGGAUAGGUUUUAGUUGCUAACUUGUUAUAAAUUGAGAAUUGAUGAUAUUAACAAAAUGAAAUGAGGCAUUAUAUUGAAGACAAAAAAAGAAAAGUUAUGCGAAAAUAGGCGAUAAAAAAGGCGAUAAACAAACGGUUAUUUUUUCUUCGGUUUCUCACCACCGUUGGGGUGGUUGAUGAUGACUCCAUGGACAUCGGAGCGGUUUCUUCCUACGAACGAACCACGAUGUCAGCAAUCUCCAUGAUAGACACCACGUCUACUCGUGAUGAAGUGGUUAGUAGGAAGUUAUCUUCCCCUGUUUAUAAACAGAAAGAAGCAAGUCCUGUUCUCAAUCACACAACAAUUGAAAAUUUAAUCUCCUUCUAUUGGAGAUUUUUCAUCUUUCUGAUUCUAAUGGCUGACAAUUUACGUCGUGCGCUACAAGAUAUUGAUCUGGGUAUAAACGAUGCACCUUUUGUGCUUCCUACGGAGGUUGUUCGUCAAGCAGAGGAGGAAAAUCGUUUCAUCCUUAUCGGAAGACCAGUCAUGCCACGACGACAAAAUCUUAGGGCAAUCGUUGCCACAAUGCCUCGCAAUUGGGGUUUUGAAGGCACGGUGAGGGGUCGUAUGAUUGAAGGAAGGAGAUUUCAAUUUGUCUUCCCCUCUGAGGAGGCGUUAGAUACAGUGAUCCGACGAGGUCCAUGGGCCUUUGCUGACAGGAUGCUGGUGCUUCAACGGUGGACUCCACUAAUGGAUCUGGCUUUACUAAACUUCAUCCCCUUCUGGAUCCAAGUAAGGGGCAUCCCCUUUCAAUACAUGAAUCGGGAAGUCAUACUACACAUUGCGAGAUCCAUGAAUCAACAAUACAUUCAAAUGGAGUACAACGAGGAGAAUGGCCAACGAUUGGAGUUUGUACGUAUUAGACUCAACUGGAACAUUGCUCAUCCUCUACGCUUCCAACGAAACUACCAGUUCACCGUGGGAGUCAACACAGUCUUGAGGUUUCAGUAUGAGCGCCUUCGUGGUUUCUGUGAGGUCUGUGGGAUGCUCACACAUGAUUCAGGUGCUUGUAUCAUUAACAAUGGCGGCCCUGGGAAUGAAGGUGACGAUGAUGACAGCAGUGAUGAUGGAGAAGGCGACAUUCCAAUACCAAACCAAGGCGUCCUCAUUGAAGAAAUUGAAGAAGAAGAUGAACAGGGUGGAGGGGAUGAUGCUGUAGAGGGGAACCAAGAAGCAUAUGAGAACGUUGCUGCAAUGGAAGAGGAAGAGGACGAUGACGAUCUUGGGACAAACAAUGUGCAGAGAACUUUGAAUUCGGUUGAUGGGUCCUCAGAGGAUAUGUGCAAUCUAAGUGAUACCAUUGGUCUAAAAGAACAAGCAACACCUACGCUCAAGCGCAAGAUGUGGCUUUUUGACACGACUGGUCAAACUUCAAUGUUCAACAAGAGGGAGAAAGGUGAAACAAGCCAAGGAAGUAAGGCACAGAGGGUUGAAGAAACCCCAACGUCAGAUGACACAGAGCCAGCUACUGAUGGCAACAAAGUUAUGGGAGGCGCGGUGGGCCCUGAACCACCUCUCCCACCAUGAGGACAGCCUGCUGGAACUGUCGAGGUCUAGGCAAUGACUCGACAGUUCGACGCCUUAAGGAGAUAGAUCGGAAAUAUCUCCUGGACAUUAUAUGCCUUUCCGAAACAAAGCAGCAGGAUGAUGUUAUUAGAGACGUUGGGGCUCAGCUAGAUUGUCUGAAUUAUGCGUCUGUUCCGCCAGUAGGUUUAAGUGGUGGUUUGGUUCUAUAUUGGAAGUCUCAUGUACAGUUGCAA